AUGGCACUUACAGAGGAGUGCAACUCUAUAGUGAGGAGAACAAUUCCACUAAAGCUGAAUGAUCCGGGCAGUUUCACUAUUUCUAUCACUAUUGAUUAUAUCGAGGUUGAACUGGCAUUGUGUGAUUUGGGUGUAAGUAUUAAUCUAAUUCCCACCUUUAUGUUCCGAACGUUGGGGUUAGGUGAGCCAAGGCCAAAAACAGUUACUUUGCAGUUAGCUAAUAGAUUUCUUGCAUACCCCGAUGGUAUAAUUAAAGAUGUUCUCAUGAAGUUGGGUCCUUUUAUUUUGUCGGUUGAUUUUAUUAUCCUUAAUUACGAGGCAGAUAAGAAUGUCCCUCUCAUCAUGGAAAGGGGAUUUUUAGCGACUAUUGAUAAGGUUAUUCACGCCAGAGAUGGGAAGAUGUCUAUAACAGUUGAUGGGAAAUAA